CCAUCGUUAGAGAAUACUCAGCCAAUACCAAGAUCCAGCGGCUUUGAGUGUUCCCAGUUCAACUAUGGAUCCAGUCAACCAGCUACCAGAUCUUCAACAGGGAGAGCUAUCAAUUGAGGAUUAUGUCCACCAAUUCUGUGUGUUUGGUGAUUCAGUGGCAGUGAUGGAGGGAGAUUAUGUUUUUCUACUCACAAAUGUUACUGAAGUACCUGAAGAUGACGACAUACUGUGGAAAUUUGGCACUGAAAACUCUCUGAUAGCUGAAAUCAGUAGAGCUGCUGGAAUCUUCUCCACAUAUAAUGGCACUGAUGGGAAAUUCAGAGACAGGCUGAAUCUGGACAAUCAAACUGGAUCUCUGACCAUCACAAACACCAGAACUGAACAUGCUGGAGUUUAUAAACUAGAGAUAAACGGAGCGAAACUGACAACAAAAACAUUCAGUGUUUCUGUCUAUGCUCUCAUCACUCCUAACAUAACCAGAGACUCUUCACAAUGUUCUUCAUCAUCAUCAUCAUCAUCAUCAUCAUCAUCACAGCAGAAUUGUUCACUGGUGUGUUCAGCUGUGAAUGUGAGUCAUGUGACUCUCUCCUGGUACAAAGGAAACAGUUUAUUGUCCAGCAUCAGUGUGUCUGAUCUCAGCAUCAGUCUCUCUCUACCUCUGGAGGUGGAAUAUCAGGAUAAAAACACCUACAGCUGUGUGCUGAACAAUCCCAUCAGCCACCAGACUCAACAUCUGGACAUCACUCAACUCUGUCACACAUGUGCAGGUCCUACAGAAGGCUCUGUAUCUCAGACAGUGCUGAUCUCUGCUACUGCUGCUGGAUUUCCGUUGAUUGUAGCUGUAAUUGGGAUCCUCUGGAUCUGCUGGAAACAAAGAAAAACAAACCAAGAAGAUGAAACUGGUGAUGAAGAGAUCACUUACGCUGAACCUAUAUUCUACCAAUGGGAUUCACCUAAACUGAAAGUUAAAGAGGAGGAUCAUGUGGAGCCUAUCAGCAUUAGAAGAUGAUCUUUAAACCUUUUAUAAGUACCAGAUCCAGCUAUAGACUUCUUCACUAUAGGAACCUCUAGGGCCAUGCACAGACAUUUUGAGGGGCAGUGGUCAUGGUUGUGCUAUAGUUGAGUUUUAGGAUUGGUGAAAAGAAUCACCACAAGUAGCACUAAAUCUGGCCCAGAAAAACAGCCAAUUUAGCAUUUUUGUAUUUUACUCUUAAAACCUCAAAACUAGGCUGCGUUUUUAUCUAUAGUAUGUCAUGUUUAAUUUAUCAUAUUGUAGUUUGACCUAUUGUGCAGACAAAUAACUUCUUCAUGAACGUGUGAUGUUUACUGGAAGUCUGUGGUUCGUGUGCGUGUGUGCGUGUGUGUGUGCGCGCGCGUGUGUGUGCGCGCGCGUGUGUGUGUGCGCGCGCGUGUGUGUGCGCGCGCGUGUGUGUCUGAGGUGUGAAUGCGAUUGAGAGGAAAUUCUUGCCAUUAUGAUACUCAUAGGCCCCUUUCACACUUACAGUCUUUACUGGUAAAUUAUCGUACUGUUAAGACAUAAUGUGUGAACAGGGCCCAGUAUGAGAAGCUGUAACAUUACCACUAAAUUACUGGUAAUGUGUGGACGCAGAAUGAGAUUACCGGUAUUGUUACGCCACGUGUGUGUUGAAUGAAGUGCAUGACAGGAAUAGUCCAAGUUAAUAGUAUUUAGUAAACAAAUCCAGAUAAGGGAGAACACAACCACGUAAAACAUAGAUGAGAAUGGACAAGAAACUGAAAGACACAGGGAGUAUAUAGAACAAAUGAGGUAGCUUAUGAGAUAAUGAGAUAAGUGAUAAACAGGGCACAAGUGAAUGACAUAAUUAAUUAGACAGACUGAGGAAAACUAGGUCACGGGGACUGAACCAAAAACGCAAUGAAAACAGAACCCAGCAUAUACAUGUUACAGUACUCCCCAGAUUUAUUAAACUUUGACCUCAGACUCUAAAAUCAAAUUAUUAAUCACACACAUGACAAAUACAAGCAGAUACUCUAACAUUUGCCCAAAUACAUUAAAUUAAACGCAGAUCUGAAUCUGUUGUGUAUUCAGGGACAGACAGAUCCUUUUUAAUCAAAAAAUGUUUUGACAUUUGCAAAUCUUAAAAAACAAAAAACAAAACAAAAACAAAAAAACAUAAGGAGUCUCAUAUUCUCUUCAUUAUAUCAGCUGUAUGUAAUAUUUGUCAUUUUAAUUUGCUUGUGCAAUGGUGUUAGUUCUGCAGUGAUGGUAAAUUAGAGCAACAUGAAGCCACCAGCAGAACAACAGCACCACCACCAAUUAGUUUAAAGCUAAAUGGCACCAUCUGGUGAAUCUUUAUAAUAAUGGCCAAACAUAAUUGGUGUGUAGCAGGACAUUGUUUGCAGAUACAAGUAACUUAUUUAAUUUUUCAUGUUAAUAUUAUGUAAUUCACUCAUUCUUGUUCAUGAGAUGUGAUAGACAUUCUUGCUUUUGUUUAUUUAGCAAAAUUCAUGUCAUUUUCUCUUUAUGUGGGUUAUUUUUCCUUUUCGUCUGAGUAUUGGUUACUAAUAAAGAGUUUCUUGAAUAAACUCAAAGACUCUGUGCCUCUUUAUCAUUUAUCUAAUAUGCUGAUUUUUUUUUUUUUACCGAUGUUGGAGACAGUUGUGCUGCUUAAUAUUUCCGGUUUCUCUGAUGUCUUUACUAUCACUUUUUAUCAAUUCAACACGUCCUUGCUGAAUAAAGUAUUAAUUUCUUUCAAAGAAAGAAAAGGAAAAUUACUGACCCCAAACGUUUGAACAGUAGUGUAUAUUGUUACAAAAGAUUUCUAUUUUAAAUAAAUGCUGUUCUUUUUAAUUUAUUCAUCAAUGAAUCCUGAAAAAAGUAUCACAGGUUAAAAAAAAAAAAUAAAUAAGCAGCACAACUGUUUCCAUCAGUGAUAAUAAAUCAGCAUAUUAGAAUGAUUUCUGAAGGAUCAUGUGACACUGAAGACUGGAGUAAUGAUGCUGAAAAUUCAGCUUUGGACUCAAGUACACACAUCACUUACACAAAGAGAUCAGAGAUCACCCUGCGCGCACACAGAAAAAUUCAGAAGUACAAAAAACGUAUAACCACCAUAGACCGCAAAUAAAAUUGCUUCGCUAUAAAUCACUAUAUUUCUCUGCAAUGAGAAGGUAACAUGUCUGGUUUUUAAGUAAUUAAACUCAAAGCUUCAAUGCUAAUAAAGAAUCACAUGCAUCUGUCUCUCUCUUGAUAAUUAAUUCAAAUAUAUGCUAUAAUUCAUUCAUUCUAUGUCUGAUUCAAAGUGGACAGAAUCUGAACAAACCAUAACUGACAAAAAGAACUGUCAUUUUUACCUUUCCGGUCAAAUAUUGCGCUGUCAAUAUUUGACAUGACAUAGCUUUAAGUCGUCAGAGCUGGCAAAUGGCCAUGGAAUAAAGCGGAAUAAUCCAUGUCUAGCUGUGCAUUAAAUUAUCUGGGUUAACAGAAAUACUGGUAACAUUUUAAAACACUGGGUAAAAACAAUACAAGAUCUUGACCAAAAACAGCACACAUCACAGCAUUCAUUUCCAUCAAGAGGUGCAUCAUUUUUUUUGGUCAAGAUCUUGUACUCACAAUGCAAGACGUUAUUACUCUGUAAAGUCUCCUCCAGCACAUCACAAAGACUUAGACUCGAGGUUAAGGUCAGGACUCGGAGCAGGGGCGGCGUUUCUACAUGGCAGUCGCCAUACCCUAGCGUGAUUUCUACCGACUGAGGGGACUACAGUCUACUGGUGUUUUAUUUAAUGAUACAAAAUGAUCAGAUGUCAGUCUAUGAAGUUUAUCAAUGAUUCAUUAUGGGUAAUCCUUUUUGGACCUGUAUGAUGGUUUUUGAUUCAUUUUACCUCAAGCUGUUCUGCAUAGAGGGGAUAAACCGUGAGAGUUAUUAAAGCAGGAAGAAGCCCUACACCUACACACUAACACACCUGCACUAACACCUCAUGCAUUAGAUGUUUGUCCAUCAACUGAUCACACCCUCUUUGUAAGGAAAUCAAACCACAGCAGAUUUCAGUUUGACAUGCAUGUUUCAUGUUGAGCUGCUCAAAUCACACCUCAGUAACACCCUGAGUGAUAAUUUUACCUGUUUUUUUUUUCUUCCAUUCACUACAACUAAAUGACUGUAAACCAUUUUAAAAUCCAUAAACUUUAUUUACCAUGAAGAUUUAAGGUGAUGAUUAAGGCAACUUUUUGAGCAUAUUGCCAAGUGAUUUCUCUCUGAAAUUUGUCACCUACGAUGGGAAAGUGCCCAAGCAACAUCGCUCGGCAACAUUGUCCAUCAACAUCUUUACACAUUACACUCUUCUUUUACAAAUGUAAUAAAGUUAGACAACUGCCUUUUAAAAACUAUCAAUAUUAAGUGAUAAAAAUGAUGAGUGUUUUUCGCUAUUAAGAACAGUUAAAGUCUUUAAAAGAGCAAGAAGAACUUUUACAUGUAAUUAUAUAAUGUGCAGAGCAUGUGUGUGUUCAUUAGGACAGUCAAACUCUGCCGUGAGAGGAUUCACACCAUAUGUUUUCAGCUGCUUUUUAGAUCAAACACAGAACUAGUAAAGAAAAUGUUUUACGUGCUUCUUUUGUUCUGUUUGUGCAGGAGGAAUGUCACCGGUAAGUUAUGAAAGCAUUUUUACGGCUUCAUUUCUUCAGUUUCAGAACAUCAACUGCUGCCGUUGUUCAUGUUAGGGAUUUGCAUUUGCUUUCCUUCCCAGAUCAGUCAAAUCAAACUGAGGUUUACUUUGCUCAUCUGUCUGUUCAUUUAUGUGAACUUUUAUCUUUUGUGUCUUUGAUGCUGUUCUUAUUUAAAUAUUGCAAACUGAUUUGAGGCUUUCUAAACCGAAAUGAACUGGGAUCAAAAUCUUUUCAUGUUCUUCAGGUGUGUUUGGUGCUGAGACAAAUGAAAUACAGUCAGUGUCAGUAAUGGAGGGAGAUUCUGUCACUUUACAAACUAAUGUUACUGAAAUACAUGAAGAGGACUACAUACUGUGGAGAUUUUUAGCUGAAAAGUCUCUCAUAGCUAAAAUCAGCAAAGAGGCUAAAAUCUCCUCCACGUUUGAUGUUCCUGAUGGGAGAUUCAGAGACAGACUGAAGCUGGACAUUCAAACUGGAUCUCUGACCAUCACAAACAUCACAACUGAACAUGCUGGAGUUUAUCAACUAGAUAUAAGUGGAGCGAAACUGUCAUCAAAAUUAUUUAAUGUUUCUGUCUAUGGUGAGUUGAGACGUCAUUUGUCCUUUAAAUAUCUUAUUUAAUUUUACUGGAACUGACAUUAUACAAUUAUGUAAGAUAUGAGAUGUGAGAUCACAAACACACUCAUUAACUCUCAUUAAAGUUUUACUCAACAUUUUGAAUUA